AGAAAAACACGCAAAAAAAUGUGUUCCAAAUUAUAUUUGGAAACAUUCUCCGAUACCUGUGAUGAAACUACGAUAAAUGUAACAUUAGAAACGUCAAUUGUACUCUUUGUAUUGAAGUUCGUUGGACAACCGUCGAAUGUUGAAGUAUUUUUGGUACCAAAUGUUGAUGACAAACGAACAGACGAAGCCAUUAAAAUUAACCGAAAAUCAUUUGAAUCGACAAUAUUAGCAGCAAAUACAUUUGCAUUGGACGUAGCGAGUAAUUGUAGUUUUCCUGUGAUUGUGAGCGAAAACGUCGUGAUUUCUGGUCUGAGUUCGGUUUGCCGAGCGAUUAUAAAGCACAGCGAUGAUAAAUUCAAAUAUUUGCUCGGUUUUAAGGAGGGUUGUUUACAAGCGCCAUCAGAAGCAUCGCCAUGGACGAAAUUUUGUGAAGUGGACAUCGCACAAGCGACAAAAACCGUACUGCAAAUCCACAAGCAACUUAAAUCGUCUGAUAGCGAGUACAUUUUACCAAAUCAAUUUGCUUACUUUGAAAGUCAUUUGACGCGGCCAGUUAAAGCACAUAACAUCCGUAAAUUGACGAUGGAUCUUGCACAUGAAUUAAAGGUCAAUUCUGAAUCAAUCUCAGAUACUCCAAAGCAGAGAAAAACGAGUAAAAAUGACAUUAUGACCAAAAAUAUUACUUUGGAACAUAAGUUUGUCGAGGGACCCCAAAUCUCAAUUGCAGACCUCAUAUUAUUUCCAUAUUUUUGGCUCAUGCAAUCCAUUUUAGAGAGAAAAACCUCUGAAAAUUUAGCCCAAAAAAUUCCACUCACAUAUAAAUGGAUAGAAACUGUGAAAAAUCAUCCACAAAUAAGAGAUUGCAUGGUGUUGCUAAUUGAACCAACGAUACCUCAACCACAUCAACACAUCAAUUACAUCAUACAAGGACUGGGUGAAUCAUUUACCUUGUACAAACGUGAUUCAAAGCAAAAUAGGCAACGGACCUACACUCGUGAUGAGAACAUUGAACAGUCAUUAAAGAAAAUAAAUCAGCUCGAUAUCGAAAUAUCGUCACGUUCGAAAGACGAGAAUGUUGAUGAUUAUUGUGAUUGGUUGUUACCAUAUGACGCACUUCCGGAGGGUGGAAAUCUACCCGAAAAUCGAUUACAGCGGAAAAAAGAGCAACUCUUUAGUUUGGCUAGAGAAAUAAUUGCCAUAGCCAAAAUUGGCGAUAGAAUUGUUGAUUUUUGCAGUGGUCAAGGACACCUUGCCAUAAUUCUGGCGUACAAAUUACCCCAAUGUAUGGUUUACAUGCUGGACAACAAAGAGGAGAUGAUAGUGCGAGCAAGAAAACGAGUCCAACGAUUAAACUUGACAAACAUUCGAUUUUUUCAAUGUAAUUUGGAUUAUUUCGUCGGCGACUUUGACAUUGGUACAUCUUUGCAUGCGUGCGGAAUUGCAAGUGACAUUGUUUUAAUGCACUGCAGACAGAGAAAUGCAAAUUUUGUUUGCUGUCCGUGUUGCUAUGGAAAAGUCAUUGAGAUGCCACACAUUUCAUUUCCACGCAGUAAAUUUUUCCGAAGCAACAACAUCUCGUUGGAUGAAUAUCUGUGUAUUGCUCAUUGUGCCGACCAGGCUCAUGACAUGAAAAAUAAUAAGAAUAAUGUUGCGAAAAGCAUUCAAGGUCAAUAUUGCAUGGAUAUCAUCGAUACAGAUCGUAAAUUGUACAUGGAAGAAUGUGGUUAUCACACAAAAUUAACGAAAUUGCAGCCAGAAGAUUGUACACCAAAAAAUCGACUUUUAAUUGGUAUCAAACAUUCGCAAUGAAUUUCAUGAAUUUCAUCAGACGAUUUGUUGUGCUUUUUGUAGGUGAAUAAAUGUACAUUAAAAUUAAUAAAGGAUUAAUAAUAAGAUUUGAGAAUGUUUUUAACAAA